GAGUGCUCUCGACGUAUUUUCUAAUUUUUAAAAAAUAAUUAAUAUAAAAAGUGCAGCAUUAUACUGAAGAAAGUCGCGUCUGCAUUGAAGUACUGUGAACCACAAAGCAAUGGGCACCUUGCACGUCUGCUUCGACGAUGUGCCGCGCUACACAAGCGCCACCUCAGCCUUAGCGGCCUCAACGCUGUGCGCUUCCAACUCAACUGCAGCUGCUUAUGAGCUACAUAGUUUGAAUGCCUGCACCGCAAAUAACAGCUUGAACGCGACGACAAUGACGUUGCACACCGAGCCAAGCAAGGACAUGCCGGCCUGUAGCCUGUCGCCUGGUGCCGUCAGCAGAACGCACAGCAUUUCACCAACACCACGCUACGAACGCAAUAUGAGCUUCUUUCAGCAACUCAGCCGCCGCUUUGGACUGCUGCGCUCCAGCGAUGACCCAAUUUUCAGUGCCGCCGAAGACGAUUCGACCGAUUCAUGCUCAUCAAACAUCGUUGCAAUGCCAACUGUGCAGCGUACAGCCGGUUCAACGUAUACGUCAUCGCCGCCAAAUGGCGGUAACGCGGUAAACGCCAGCAACAGCAAUAACAGUGCUGGCGCGCAGUUGGAAUUAGGUGACGCCUGCUUGAAGGACGGUCACGGCUCGAGCAGUGAACACAUAUCGUGCGCUUCCAGCGAGACCAGCAGCACCGCCGACAUUGACGAACAGCAGCUACGUUCACCAACAACAACAACUACGAAAUCGACAGCAGCCAAAGAGCGACGCAGCAAUGCACGCGCCAGCUUCUCGCGGCUGCAUCGCCGGUCUACCUCUUCCAUACGACGCGCCUUUGAAAAUUUCUCGCUAUCAACACGUUCGCUAUCAUGUAGCGGCGCUAACGGCACUACCAGCGCCGACACGCCACACAACGCGUCGCAACACAGCGGCAGCCAUAACACGCCCAUCAAAUCGGCACUGAAAUACAACUCGAAUGUGGAGCUGAAUAGAAAGACACAGGUUAGUGGCACGUCGAAUUCGGCAACGAGCUUACACUUGUCAUCGGCAUCAGCCUCAACUACGUCAUCGGCGAAAUUGAAGUGCUCGUCCUCAAAAGGCAAAACGAAGCCACCACCGCAACGUAUACUCCGGCAACCAGUCUCCUAUACAUAUCUGAAGGGUAUAUCGGGUCUGCCGACACAACGAGUGCCUCGCAGCGCUGUCUGUUGCCAAUACGCCAGGCGUUGAGGGCGAGAUGGCAAUAGAAUUUCAUUUACUGUAACUGCAGCAACAUUGCCGCCGACGACGUCUGCGGCAUUACUUAGGCACCGACAAAGUGUUCAUCGUUACAUACAUACCGAAAUUGAAGCAUUUGCAAGAGAUGCGAAGAUACGUUUAUUCGACUAGUUGAUUGUUCGAGCGUUUAUUAUUGUUGGUUCGCAUUGAUGUGACGUAUAUAAUCUUGUAUUAGAAGGUUUCUCCCGUUUGCCAUGAGUAUAAAAAUAAUGAAAAGUUGAAGGCGAAAUAAUUAUUAGGUACAUAAGUCGAGCUAUUUAUAACUUUCGCAGUAAAUAUAUAUGUAUAAGCACCAAAAUCACACGAACACACACUCGGUCAAACACGUAUACGCACUGGCACACAGCGCGCACAGAUUUUGUAUUUAAGCGUCUUCGGUAUACAGGCACUCACUUAUAAGUAGUCACAAAUUCUCAUUGAAAUUCAUACAUAAAUUUUUACAUAAGCACUUAUGCGUCCUUUCAUCCUCUUCUGCUUUGUUUUUCGAUUGCAUCAAAAUAAUCUGUGAUAAAUAUCAUUUUCAUAUCGGAUGUAAAGUCAUAGCAAUGCCAGCAUUGAGCAUAA